AUGUGCGCGUGCGUAAGUACAAUUAAUCAGCUGUUUGAACUUUCUCCUAACUUGGGCCCAGAGGAUCUUCAUUCUUUGUGGCUGCAACUAGCAGAGGAGCUAAAUGCAUGUGGAGAUGGACCCACUAGAGAAGUUGAAGGAUGGAAGAAGGUGUUCACUGCGUGGAAAUCGCAAACUCGCAAGAAAGCACGGGAGAAUAAAGCACUAAAUGCUCUCGAAAUAGGGUUAUUAAGGGCAACCGGCACAGUGGUAGUGCAUGGGAUUUCUACAGUACCUGAAAUAGGGGUAAAUGAAGUGCACGAAGCGAUUCAUGCAGUUGAAAACGUGGAAAUACAAUAUGUUGACGAAGUAAUACAAGAUGUAGAUGGAGCGGUAGCCUCACUGGAUGUUCCCAUAGAACAGAUACUCCCUAUUCAUAAGGACACCUAUAUAAACGUUGUUCAUUGCUUCAAAUUGAAUAAUUUUAAUGAUUCAAAAUAA